UAUGAAACUCGACACAUAUGUAGUUCUUUGAUUGAAUUCAACGAUAUAAUAAGAAGGGAGUAGGUAUUAGACCUAUACCUUCCUAUAUUUUAACUCUCGACUUGAAGUAGGUGUUGCCGUUGUUUUAGGGGUUGUGACUUGUUAGUCAUCACACACAAAGACAUUCUACGGCAAGUGGUUCGUGUGUUACACCCCAUCUGGGCUGCUGGGGAAGAUGUACAUAUCUACACAUACAUACCAGGUACAUACAUGUAUGUCUGUCCUCGUCGUUGAGAUUCAAUAUAAAAUUCAACUAAAUACACUAGUUGAAAAAAAAAUAAAAAAUAAAAAAUGGUGAAAAUUCUCAGAAUCCUGAGUAAUAGCGGACAUCAACUAUCCCGCUCUUACCCGCCGUCACCAAGAGCCAUGCCAUCAGCGCCAAACAGAAACACAAAGCCUAGAGCCAGCGCAGACAAAGUGGCUACAACCACGCAAGCACAUCACAAAAACAAGAAGUCUUCCUCUCAAAAGAAGCCCCUGCCGCUCCCGGGGCCGGGUCAGGUCAGCAACGCCACGCAAGUACCUGUAGGCGGUGAAGGCGUGAAACUAGAUCGCCUGGGCCCGUUCGUUGUUAACAGAGACGGCUCGAUGAGCCGAAUUUCCAACUGGGCCAAUAUGCCCGAGUUCAUGCGGAAAGAUGCGCUGGUGGCGUUGGGCAGGCGAAAUAAAAUGCGUCUGGAUGCACUUAGAGCCAAAAGGCAGUCUCCAGAGGGUCAAUCCGGGAAUGGAAACUAAUAUAUUCAAGGUGUACAUAUGAAUAUAACUUUUGGGAUAUCUAGGGCGUUUCAGGAUGGCGGCACAAAAACGAGGUUGAAUCGACUCUGGCAAAUAUACACGUAGUUGUAUAUUGUAUUAGGUUAGGCAUUGUACAUAACUAUGUAUUUGUUAUUCAUUCAAUUGAAAUGGUGAUUAGAUAAUAUCUGGUCCCGUCAAGGAAACACAGGAGCAUUGUGUCAAGUAUAAAUGCAUACCUAUCU